AUGGCGGCCUCCUGGAGGCUCGGCUGUGACCUGCGGAUGCUGCGCUCUCUCCUGGGCUUCGGCGGCCGGCGAGGCCUGGGGCUGGUGAAGGGAGCUGCUGGGUGGCCGGCCGGCAGCGGAGCUGGCUGGAGAUGGCUUCACGGCACGCAUUGGCUGCGGGCUGAUCCUAUUAAGAUACUGAUGCCAUCCCUGUCUCCGACAAUGGAAGAAGGGAACAUUGUGAAAUGGCUGAAAAGGGAAGGUGAAGCUGUGAGUGCCGGAGACGCCUUAUGUGAGAUAGAGACGGACAAAGCUGUGGUGACCUUAGAUGCAAGUGAUGAUGGCAUUUUGGCCAAAAUAGUGGUUGAAGAAGGAUCUAAAGGUAUACGGCUAGGUUCACUAAUUGGCUUGCUAGUUGAAGAAGGAGAAGAUUGGAAACAUGUUGAGAUUCCCAAAGAUGUAGGUCCUCCAGCAGCCACCUCACAGCCCUCAGCGCCUCGCCCCUCCCCAGGACCACCCGUUCCUGUGCCUGUCAGAAAGGAGCUCCCACCAGGGACACUGCAGCUCCGUGUAAGUCCAGCUGCCCGUAAUAUUCUGGAAAAACACAAACUGGAUGCUAGCCAGGGCACAGCCACUGGCCCUCGGGGGAUUUUCACCAAAGAGGAUGCUGUCAAGCUUGUCCAGUUGAAACAGGCGGGCAAAGUCACGGAAACCAGACCGACCCCAGCCCCUCCAGUAGCUCCCACUGCACCUUUGCCCGCAAAGGCCCCAGCCCCAGCCGCAGCCCCACCAUCUUAUCCCCGGCCCAUGAUCCCACCAGUGUCAACUCCUGGACAACCUAACGUAGCGGGCACAUUCACUGAAAUCCCAGCUAGCAAUAUUCGAAGAGUUAUUGCCAAAAGGCUAACUGAAUCUAAAAGUACUGUACCUCAUGCAUAUGCUACUGCUGAUUGUGACGUUGGAGCUGUUUUAAAAGUUAGACAAAAUCUGGUCAAAGAUGACAUUAAAGUGUCAGUAAAUGAUUUUAUCAUCAAAGCAGCAGCUGUUACUCUUAAACAAAUGCCAAGUGUUAAUGUAAGCUGGGAUGGAGAAGGCCCAAAGCAACUACCCUUUAUCGAUAUUUCAGUGGCUGUGGCAACAGAUAGAGGCUUAAUUACACCAAUCAUAAAAGACGCUGCAGCCAAAGGCAUACAGGAAAUUGCUGACUCUGUGAAGGCUCUCUCAAAGAAAGCAAGAGAUGGGAAAUUGUUACCUGAAGAAUACCAAGGAGGAUCUUUCAGCAUUUCCAACUUGGGGAUGUUUGGCAUCGAUGAGUUCACUGCGGUGAUCAACCCUCCUCAGGCCUGCAUCUUGGCUGUGGGGCGAUUCCGGUCUGUGCUGAAGCUCACUCAGGACGAAGAGGGGAACGACAAACUGCAGCAGCAGCAGCUCAUCCGGGUCACCAUGUCGAGUGACGGCCGAGUCGUCGAUGACGAGCUAGCCACCAAGUUUCUUGAAACUUUUAAAGCAAACCUAGAGAACCCUUUCCGACUUGCCUAG